GCCCACCCCCGCGUGCACGCGCCCGGCGGUGCGGAGGAGGAAGAGGAAGAGGAGGAGGAAGAGGAGGAAGCAGCAACAGCAACAGCAGGGGGAGGAGCAGCGGAGGCCGCAGGAUGGACAGUGCGGGGAAGGAGCGUGAGGCCGUGCAGCUGAUGGCGGAGGCGGAGAAGCGGGUGAAGGGCUCGCACUCCUUCCUGCGGGGGCUCUUCGGGGGUAACACCAGGGUGGAGGAAGCCUGUGAGAUGUACACCAGGGCUGCCAACAUGUUCAAGAUCGCCAAGAACUGGAGUGCUGCAGGGAAUGCCUUCUGCCAGGCAGCCAAGCUCCACAUGCAGCUGCAGAGCAAGCACGACUCGGCCACCAGCUUCGUGGAUGCAGGGAAUGCCUACAAGAAAGCAGAUCCCCAAGAGGCCAUCAACUGCUUAAAUGCAGCCAUUGAUAUCUACACUGACAUGGGCCGUUUCACCAUCGCUGCCAAGCACCACAUCACCAUUGCUGAGAUCUACGAGGCUGAGCUGGUGGACAUUGAGAAGGCCAUUGCACACUACGAGCAGGCUGCAGACUACUACAAAGGAGAGGAGUCCAACAGCUCAGCCAACAAGUGUCUGCUGAAGGUGGCUGCCUACGCUGCCCAGCUGGAGCAGUACCCCAAGGCCAUCGAGAUCUACGAGCAGGUGGGAACAAACACCAUGGACAACCCUCUGCUCAAGUACAGUGCCAAGGAGUAUUUCUUCAAAGCUGCUCUGUGUCACUUCAUUGUGGAUGAGCUCAACGCCAAGCUUGCACUUGAGAAGUAUGAAGAGAUGUUCCCUGCGUUCACAGACUCAAGGGAGUGCAAGCUACUGAAAAAACUGCUGGAAGCCCACGAGGAGCAGAACAGUGAGGCAUACACCGAGGCAGUGAAGGAGUUCGACUCGAUAUCUCGGUUGGACCAGUGGCUCACCACCAUGCUGCUGCGCAUCAAGAAAUCCAUCCAGGGGGAGGGGGACGGGGACCUCAAGUGACCCCUUCCUGCUCUCCAUGGCAUGCAGCCUCACUUCCCAGCCCCUGUGUUCCUGCCAAGGACCACUGCAGGCUCCCUCGCCCAGCCCCUCAGCUUUCUCUUUUGUUGCUCACCAGUCCCUGUGUCCCUGUAGUGCCCUGCUCUGUGUCGUGGGUGGGUGGGUGGGUGGGGGGGUGGGAGCCUCCUGGCAGCUCUUUCCCAGGUGGAAGCAGCAGGAAAGCCCUGGUGUGGUCAGCUGGGAGCCCGAUAUCUGUGCUGGCAGCUGCUCCUCCUGCCCCUGCUCCAGCAUGGAAACCUUUUGCCUGCACCCACAGAUCCCUUCUGCCCCCCCUUGCCUCUUUCUGUUUCUCUGUGGACCUUGGUUUGGUGGGGUUUUUGGUCUGGUUUUGUUUAAAUUAUUAUUUUAUUUUAUUUUUUUUUAACCUGGUGGCAGUGAAAGGCUUUGUGCUGCUCCCCUGCAGUGUCUGCACCCCCUGCCCUGUCACCCAGGGGCACAGGGCUGGGGUGUGGGUGUCCCCACUCUUGUGUUCUGCAGGUCUGGAUCUUGUACAAUGUAAACGUUCUGCUCCCUUCUCCCUGCAUCUGUUUUACCACUUCUGUUCCAUGGUGCAUCCCCCCCACCCUGAGCUGCCCUGAGCAACAAGCUCUUCUUCUGACUUAAUUUAUAUUAACAACCCCUGGUGUGGGUCCCCUCGCUGGGAAGGUGCUGACUGAGCCUUGGGGGGUGACAGGAACCCCUGUGGGAGUUGCUUGGGUGACAGGAACCCCUGUGGGAGUUGUCUGGGUGACAAGAACCCUUGUUGGGGGUUGUUUGGGUGAUAAAAACCUUUGCUGGAGGUGUCUGGGUGACAGGAAACCCUGUGGCAGGUUUGGGUGACAGGAACCCUUGCUGGAGUUGUCUGGGUGACAAGAGCCCUUGUUGGGAGUUGUCUGGGUGACAGAAACCUUUGCUGGAGUUGUUUGGGUGACAGGAACCCCUGUGGGAGUUGUUUGGGUGACAGGAACCCCUGUGGGAGUUGUCUGGGUGACAGAAACCUUUGCUGGAGUUGUCUGGGUGACAGGAACCCCUGUGGCAGGUUUAGGUGACAGGAACCCUUGCUGGAGUUGUCUGGGUGACAAGAGCCCUUGCUGGGAGUUUUCUGGGUGACAGGAACCCUUGCUGGGAGUUGUCUGGAUGACAGAAACCUUUGCUGGAGUUAUCUGGGUGACAAGAGCCCUUGUUGGGAGUUGUCUGGGUGACAGGAACCCUUGCUGGAGUUGUCUGGGUGACAAGAGCCCUUGUUGGGAGUUGUUUGGGUGACAGGAACCCUUGUUGGGAGUGGUCUGGGUGACAGGAACCCCUGUGGGAGGUGUCUGGGUGACAGGAACCCCUGCUGGAGGUGUCUGGGUGACAGAUGAGCCCUGAUGGCUUUGGGGAGGUGCAGGCACAUCCCAACCCCUGUGGUCACCUUUGGGUCUGUGCUUUGUUUCCCCCCUGGUCUCGGGUCUGGGUGAUGGGGGGGACCUGGGGCCCUGCAGGUCCUCAGAGCUGUCACCCUGUCCCUGCAGUGAGGCCACCUCGGGCUCUGCUGCUGAUGGGAAGAAUGGAAACAAGGAAUUAAUUAAUUUGGUGUUUGGCCCAGCUGCAGUGGGGCAGAGCAGGGAGAGGGGGGCAGCCCCAGGGGGUUGGGGGGUUUCUCCCCUUGGUUGUCUCUGCCCAGGCUGUGGUUUGGUUUCAGUCCAGGGGUGGGGGUUGGACACUCCCUGGUUCAUUGGGCUCAGGGUUCGGUUCUGUUCCAGGGGCUGGCUAACAGAAAAGAAACCCAAAAACCCUCCUGGCACAUGCUAAAGGAGGGGAUUUUGUUUUCCUGCCUGAGGUCACUGGGGGAGCAUUCUGUGCAUCCUGAACUCCCAGCCCCCAGUCCCAGUCCCCAGCCCCCAGUCCCAGCCCCCAGUCCC